ACGUGUUUCAAGUCGCACGACCAGCCAAGUAGGAUGAUGCCAGUACCGAUGGCGGACGGGCCGCCACGCCACGACGCCUCGGCAGCGUACGCAUUGCACAACGAUGACCAGAGAGUCUUGCCAUUCCAAAUCUCGAGUACGCUCGACGCCCGCACAAAAUCGAGCCGGCUCUCGGCACUGACGCUGCCCUACUACUGCGCGGGCGCUCACUGCAGCCACGUAUGGACGCCAGCUGCGAUCGCGUCGGCCGUCACUGAGUUUCCUUUGCAUCGGCACGGGGCUCUGCGGCUUCUGGAUGCGGUGCUGCGCUGCCGGGCUACGCCGCGCGUCAAGUACUUUUGCCAAACGUGCAAUGAAAACCUGACGGCGCGCGAGAAGGAGGACGCGACGCCGAGCGCCGAGCACCCGAGCGUCGCGGCGCCAAGCAUGUCCCACCAACUCCGCAUCUACAGCGCGACGAUCAACUUGAUACAAAGAUACCUCGUUUGGCUGCUCCUGCUCGUCCUUUCGUUUCCAAUCAUGGGUCUCCUCUUGGCAACACCCUCGGUCGCCAACGCCGUAUGUCCGACGCCGCUUCGAAAGCUCUGGACGAUUGUACCGCGCAUCUACGUCUUGUAUCUCUGUGCCUAUGUCUAUGGCGUCGCCACGGGCAUUGCAGUGUCGUUCGCGUUCAUCGCUGACGUACUGCUCUGGGCCUGGCUCGAAGCGACGACGGUCUUUCUAGCGUGUAUUGGCAUCCUUGCUGUCGCUGCCAAGCGAGACGACGUUGGUGCCCCCUCGACCUCGGAGAUUGACGUCGGGCGCGGGCUCGUCUGGGUCCUCUUCCCGCAGUACAAGGUGCACCAGCUACUGCAUUUGCUCCACGUGGCCCCGACGCCGCAGCUCAUUGCGCACGCCAGCGUCGCUAAGUACGGCUAUAACCUCGCGGACGCCGUUGUUCUCGACAAGCGAGCGCACCCGAUAUGCCCCAAUGCAUUGCCAGGUGUGUUUAUGGCCCGCCAAGUCAAGUGGCCUCGCAUGCUCUUGGCGAUCGCAGUCCUCGCGCUCGUCGGCUGCAAUGUGGUGCUUGUGGUUGCGUGGACAGCGGGGGUACUCCCGGGCGUCCCGUUUGUCGUCCCAGGUUUGGUCAACGGCGCAGACUACGUCAACUAUACGGUCACGGGCAGCAUGGCGCCGCUCUGUACAUCGUUGAAUGGGUCGCACCACGCCCUUUGGAACCUGCAGUUGAGCCCGGUGCCGUCGGCGGCGUCCGGACUCUACCCGCUCGACCUUGCCUUUUUGGAUAAAAAUGGGAGCGCCACGUCAUUUUUCGUGACAACGGCGUGGGGGCUACCAGUACAGCGUCAAGACAACCUGUCGGUGCAAGUCGGUCUUGUCGACGGACAAGGAUCCUGGAGCUUUCUCGGGCGGUUCGAGAAUACAACCAGUUGCAACGACGUCGGCGCGCUGCUCCCAGUUGUCUCGGUGCCCGACUUUGUGUGGCUCGAAGCCGACGUUGUCAAUGACAACCGGGCUGGUCUUGCACCCUUUGCGCUACUGCUCUUGAUCAAACACCUCUUGCAGUCGACAUGGCUCAGCGUUCUCACGACAUCCUUGGCGCUCGGUGUCCAUCGGCUCUGGGCGCAAUUCGACUCGAUGCGACUCGAGCCAACAAGCUCGUUCGAGACGGGUGUCGUCGUCGAGUGCACGGUCGGCACGAACCUCGAGGCGUGGUUCCGCGUCCGGCAAGGCGUCGUCGCUGCCACGUCCUUCUACACAGCGCUGCUCGAUGGGUUUGUGCUGCUGGCGAGUCUGCAAGCCGCAGUGGCGUUUGGUGGUCUUCUUUGCUACUGCAUGCUAGGAACCGCGCCGAUACCGACGUACUAUGUGCUCUUGGGUGCUCUUGUUGGCGCGCUACCGACGCUGCUCGCGCUGCUGCCCGUGGCGCUCGCCUCGUCGUUGCGGCGGCGCCACCUCGCGUUGCUCGAGAAGCUGCAGCUCGAGAUCGCGGCCGCGCAGCAUCGCGCGCCAGAGAGUGGGCUUGCGUCGCUCUUGGGUUUUCUCGACCGACUGGUGGCGGUCCUCGCGCGAAGCGAGGAUCGAAUUGACGUCGCCGGCGUCGCGAUCUCGCUGCGCCGGCUCGGCGCCGUCGGCGUGCUCCUCGUAACCGGUUUGGCCUACGUCGGGUGCCACCCUGUCAACUCUAUCUGGGCAGCGUCCAACGAUUUCUAUUUUGUGUAUUAUGGAUACUAAACGAUACAUGACGACGCUUGAUUCAGUGGGGCCCGCUCGAAUCAACUUUUUUAUCAACUUGGUGGAGUUAUUGCCCAAA